UCCGAUCAACUCUCCCUUCGACUAAUUCAAUUUUCCAAUUUACUUAAAUUUACACACAAGCCUGAGUACUGAGUUUCAUUUCUCACUAAUAGUAAUUAUUUCAAUAAAUUAAAAUACCUGUGUAUAUUUGCAUAGUUUUUUAGUAUUAGUGCUUAUUUAUCUAUGUUAACAUAGGAAAGACGAACGAAAGCCGAAGUGGCUAUUUUCAUAUCUGUUCUGGAGCAGGUAUUGAUUUGUUUUGAGAUGAAAUGACAAAAUCAUGUCAAGUGUGUUUAACUGAACUCAUAACUCACAAAUAUAUAGAAAAUUGAAUAAACAAGAGAUUAAAAGUAAUUUACAGAUAUAUAGAAGCAGGAGCGGUAUGAGUAAUAAAGACGACGACGAUUGUUCUGAAUCGUGGGAUUGUGUUAUCGCCGUCGCUCUGCCUAGUCCAAAAGAAAAACAAAAUUUUAGCAUUUCUACAGCGAGCUCAAGCAGCAUGAGGGAAAAGAAACCAUCAACUUCAUCUGCAACAAUAACAAACACAGAUACAGUACGGCCACUUGCAAAUGCGGAGGCUGCGCGACCUAAAGUCGUAACUGUCAAACAUCCCGAAUCUAAUAAGCCGAAACCAACAGCCAAGAAAAAUAAACCGAUUCAAGCAGAUUUAGAUGUCAUCAAAGAGUUCAUGAGAUGUCGUGAGGAAGGCGAUAGGCGUCUAGAUCUCAGUAAAUGUUCCAUAACAUCUUUGCCGCCGAAUGUCCGGGAUCUGACGCACUUAGUGGAAUUCUAUUUGUAUGGUAAUAAAUUGGUGGCGCUUCCUGUAGAGUUUGGUUGUUUGACUAACUUACAAACAUUAGCAUUAAAUGAGAAUUCGCUAAUGAGCUUACCAGACUCACUUGCUAACCUGAAAUGUCUCAAGGUCUUAGAUUUACGACACAAUAAAUUGAGUGACAUCCCUGAGGUUGUUUAUAAAUUAACUUCAUUGACUACACUAUUUUUACGUUUUAACCGAAUUAGAGUGGUUGGAGAUGGCAUUGCAAAUCUCACUAAUCUUACUAUGCUUAGUUUGAGAGAAAACAAAAUAAAGGAAUUAUCUUCAGGAAUUGGCAAACUCAUCAAUUUAGUGACCUUUGAUGUUUCACACAAUCAUCUAGAACAUUUGCCUCAAGAGAUAGGAAACUGUGUUAAUUUAUCAACACUGGAUUUACAACAUAAUGAUUUAUUGGAUAUUCCUGAAACUAUUGGGAAUCUUCAAGCAUUAACUCGUAUUGGAUUAAGAUACAACAGAUUAACAGGAAUACCAUCCACAUUGAGUAAUUGCAAACACAUGGAUGAAUUUAACGUUGAAGGUAAUUCUAUAUCUCAACUACCUGAUGGCCUCCUAGCCAGCUUAAAUGAAUUAACAAGCAUAACCUUAUCCCGCAAUUCAUUUAUGAGUUAUCCUUCAGGAGGUCCGUCACAGUUUACAAAUGCUUACUCUAUUAAUCUGGAGCAUAAUCAGAUAGACAAAAUACCCUAUGCCAUAUUUUCCAGAGCAAAAAAUCUUACUAAAUUGAAUAUGAAAGAGAACUUAUUGGCAUCCCUUCCACUUGAUAUUGGUACCUGGACAAAUAUGGUAGAACUCAAUUUGGGAACUAAUCAUCUGACCAAAUUACCAGAUGACAUCCAGUGUUUACAGAACUUAGAGGUAUUGAUAUUGUCAAACAAUUUGUUGAAACGAAUUCCACCUAAUAUUGGAAGCUUGAAGAAAUUGAGAGUAUUGGAUGUAGAAGAAAAUAAGUUGGAGGUUUUACCGAAUGAAAUUGGGUUUUUACAUGACUUGCAGAAAUUAAUUGUACAAUCUAAUCAGUUGACAUCUUUACCACGAUCAAUUGGCCAUCUAACUAAUCUCACAUUCCUGAGUGUGGGUGAAAAUAAUUUGCAAUAUCUUCCAGAAGAAAUAGGUACUCUUGAAAAUCUUGAAUCUUUAUAUUUAAAUGACAAUCCUAAUUUGUUUAAUUUGCCUUUUGAAUUAGCUCUUUGUGUUAGCCUGCAGAUAAUGAGCAUUGAAAAUUGCCCUCUAACUGCUAUUCCACCUGAAGUGGUUUCUUCUGGUCCUUCAUUAGUGAUUCAGUAUUUAAAGUCUCAGGGACCAUACAGGGCUAUGUGAUAUCAGGAUGAUGACUAUUUGACAAGUAGUGAGGGCACAUAAAUUGACUUGUUAAAAGGUACAAGCAUACCUUGAAAAUGUAUACUCAAAAAUUCUGUCAUAAAAAUGUUGCUAAAGUUUGAGCGUAGUAAUGUUUGAAUACAUAAUGUUUCUAAGGGCUUUCUAUCUUUAGAAUGAAUCCACAAUGUGUCAAGUUGUAAGUUUUUCUCAAGCAGAGAAUAUUUUCUUUUUAUUUAAAUAUAUGUUAUCAGUAGUAAUUUGUAUCUUCAUAGGCUUUACUAAAUGUCUUUAUUUUAAUAAUGUUAAGGAUUUAUUUUAUUUAAUAAAUGUGAAUAAAAAUAUAGAAAAAUACAAAAAUACAUCCAUUAGUAGUAGUAGAUAGAAUUUAUGGAAAAUGCUGUAUAAAUAUAAGAAUAAAUUAUAUGUUUAAUCUGUAUGUGUCCAUGAGGCAGUCAAACAGUUCACUUUGUCAUGUUGUCCACUAUGUAAUCUGACAGAUUAAAGAGGAAUUUUAAAAACAUUAAAGAGGUUUAUCUGUUUACUACACAAAGAACUUGUUUAUAUAAUACACUUGAAAUCAUUUCAGACUUGAAACUUGUUUUGGCAGGUGCAGUUAUUAACUAAGUUGUAAGAUCUAUAAUUGUUACUACCAAAUCAUUUAAUAUAAUUGCAGACCUUUCAAUUUCAAUCUGUUUCAAAUAAGAACUUUUUGUAAUGCAUUACAUAAUUAAUACCCAGCUCACUGACUGAGUAGACAGAUGAAUACAUGUACUAUGGUGGACUGUUGUCAUAGUUCAACGCUGAACUCUCUAUUAACAUUUUACAAAUUGAUAGUUAUGUAUGUUAUUGGUGUCAUAUGUAUUUAAUAUUAAAUUAUUUUCAUGUAAUUAGUAAUUUACUACUUGCAUGAAUGCUGGGUCUUCAAAGUUUUUGUGUUAAGUUAUUAGAAAUAUGAUUAUAUUUUAGUACUGAAAACUUUAUUUUUUUAUAACAAAAUAUCAGCUUAUGCUAAAAAUGUGACAAUAUUACUGUCAUAUUAAAGAAAAAUGGUAUUUUACCUAUUGUUUAUAUUACAUUACAAAAGUAAUCAAUUAUGCAACAUUAUUUUGCUACAGCAUUCACUAUCUA